AGGGGCGCCAGUCACGACCACCUGUUCCUGGCCCUGGGCGCCUGCACCGGGGAGGAGCUGGGGCGCAUCGUCGCCGCGUGCGGCCGCCAGCACGCCUGCGCCCUGGCGGCGGACUCGGAGCUGGCGCUCCUGCCCGGAGAGCACGGGGACGAGGACGCCUUCUUCGAGGAUCGAUGCGGCUCUUCUCCUGGCGCACGGGCAAGCUGGUCCGCAGCGUGCCCCUGGGCUUCCGGGGCCCCCAGGGCAGCUGGACCGGGCGGCCGCUCAUGGAGGCGGGGUGGGAGCGCGGUCUGCUGCCAGGCCAGUCGCAGACCUUCUUCGUGCUGUUUCCAGAGCCGGGUGGCUACGGCCUGGCGCUGUGCUGCCCCCUUCCAUCGGAGCCGGGCGGGCCUCGCGUGGAGUUCACCGCCCAGGUGCAGCACAAGCGGGACUACGGGAACCGCCUCGCCUUCUUCGACGUCUGCCCCCAGGCGGCCGGCGGCGGCCAGGCCGACCUCGCCGCGGGCGGCGGCACCGCAUCCUCGCCAUGAACGAUCAUACGGCAGAGAUGGCCGUACAGGUCGUGGAGGUGGUGUUCAGCUAUGAGGUUUACGGUAGCGAUGUGCGCGCUUUGCGCAAGGACAUCUCUCCAGGAGAUUGUGUGCGCUUUUCAGGGACCUUCCGCCCGGGGGGUCACAUCCUGGACGCGCUGACGUACACCAUGAUAAGCCGCUGGUCAGACAGAGGCGCCGGCCAGCAUUUCAACAGCUACGCGCACGGCGCGCCAUCGCAGGGCAAGCGCAACACGGCAGGCGGCGGAGCGCAGUUCGGCUCUUUCUGCAAAUUCUGGAUCACCAACGGCCGGUGCAUGCGCGAGGACUGCCAGUGCGAGCACCCCGAAGGGGAGCUGCUGAAAGAGGCCCGGGGUCAGUUCUCCGAGCAGCAGAAGCGGCGCCGCACCCAGGCCGCCAAGGCCGGCGACCCCCACCGCCAGGAGGACAAGAAGAGCAGCGCGAACCGCGCCGCCGUCUUCGCGGAGACUGGCUCUGCGCGGCCUACGGCGCGGAGGAGCUCCGCGAGGGCGGCGUGGUGGACGUGGCCGGCGGGCGGGGGGAGCUGGCAUUCGAGCUGA